AUGGGCGAGAGUAUAGCAAAAAUAGUAGGCUUGAAAAUUGAUAAUACCUCCGAUACGGAAAUAUACAGUCCCAUUAGCGAGUUCAAUAUAUUGGGAAUAAUUCGUGCAAUAGAGAUUUCGAUCCAAUCUCAAGAUCGUAAAUGGGAGCAAGUAAAAGUUACUGAUGUUUUCGUUACCAAUGAACCCGAACUUGAAUCUGUACUAAUAUUGGGUCAGCCGUGGUUCCAGGAAAAUGCAAUGAAACUGGACUUCCCAAAUAAAACUCUCAUAUUACUCAAUGGAACUAGUUCUCCGUUAUCAGAAAAUGUCAGUUAUGUGGCUUUGCAGUCCUCGCAAUUCUGGAUCGUCGUUACAUUAGCUGAUUUCGUUGCGAACGUCGAACUAAAAAGGAGUUUUAUUCAUGCGCAUGACUCAUUGCUCAACAUAUCCACAGACCUUGGCGUUUAG